GCUGCGAGCUGUCUGCCAGCACCAAAUCCUAUACGUUUCAGGUGGACAAGGAAGAUGACUCCGACCACAUUUUGGCCCUGUCUGUGGUCUGCCUCACGGACGGUGCCAAGGACGAGUGCAACGUGGUGGAGGUCGUCGGGCGAAACCAUGAGAACCAGGAGAUCGCUGUGCCUGUGGCGAAUCUGAAGUUGUCAUGCCAGCCCUUGCUAAGUCUGGACAACUUCAAGCUGCAGCCUCCAGUGACCUUCCGCCUGGCAGCGGGCUCUGGCCCAGUGCACCUCGCAGGCUGGCACCAAGUCGUGCACAGGGAAGAUGCUUCCUUUGAGGAGGAUGAUGACUUGUCAGAGGAGGAGGAGGAGCUUGCUCCUAUCAUGCCAGCCAAGAAGUAGAGGAGGAAACAGUAACUUACCUCCAGGCAAGGUACUCGUUUGGACUUCUCUCCCUGGACGGCUUUUACCUCAGACUCGGACACCUCUUGACAGGACCUCAGUGUUUGCUGCUUUGUUUGUUUUUGGUUUUGUGGUUUUUUUUCUUGUAACUUUUUGGGGAGCCGGGGCUGCUCCCAGCACUGGGGUGUCUCCUUUCCCACAGACCUGGGAGGUUGAUCCCAAAACUGGAUGGAUGCUGCUGGUAUAUCCUCUCUCCCCCAUCACUGUGUUGGGAGUUGGGGAUGGAGGAGGCGAUCCUUGCCCUGUGCCUUUUUUCUGUCCUGAACCUCUGCUCUGUGCACCCCCUCUCCCUAGCUCUGAAACACCCAGUCCUGACCCCUUCCCCAGCAGAUGGAUGUAAAGCCAGUGGUCAGACAGUUUCACUGAUUCUAGUGUUUUUUCUUUUCUUUACUCACAAUUUGAUGAUUUUUUAUACA